AUGGCGGUGCUCCAGAUCAACCCGUUCUUCCGGCGACUACUCGUGGUCGCCGUCCUCGGCGCCGCCGUCACCGCGCUCUACGCCUGGGUGUCUCUCUAUACCGUCCCCUACCACCCCCGCCCCGGGUUUAGCCUCGACACCUUCGACGACGACUUCCACCAGUUGCACUCGGUGGUGCUGGACGUGGGCGUGUUGGCGUGUAUCCAGACGACGUGCUCGCCCGCUGCCGGGUACACAAAGUCCGUCGCCCUCAACACCUUCGAUGCGGCUAACGUCCGCCUGUACAAUUACUACUUGACAACCAGACGUCAGACGAGGUCUGAAGCCCACCACAUUCUUGUCGGGCUCCGAUUUACUCCGUACGACGUUGAUGACGGCGACUUAUACGACUACGAAAGCGUGUCGUUCGCAGGAACGAAAUUGUAUGCCAAGUACAUUAAGAACACCGGCCACACCAUCCCCGAUGACGUCAAGCUUGUAUAUGAUGUUGACGUGUUAUUUGGUGCCGAAGAUUUCAAUGAUUGGCGUCCUAACCGCCUGGUGGUUAAAGUGCCUCAAUUCGGUCGCCCUCAACUGGCCCGUAAUAAGCAGGCGGGGAUGAACGGCGUCAUCCCUUAUUUCACGAUGUUAAGUGUGUCUAAGAACGACCACGAGUCAUUUGCGACACUCAUGACCGAGUUUGAGGCCCGCCGGACUAAUCAGGAGAUCCCUGCUGCUGGCAGCAGGUUCCGGAUCCUCCAAUUAUCUGAUGCUCAUUUCGGCAUGAACUCCGGCCGCUGUGAAGGCGAAGCAUGUAAGAGUGAUUUAAAGACACUGAAGUUCAUCGAGGACGCCAUCGAGGCAGAAAAACCACAGUUGGUGGUGAUUACUGGUGACCUUUUUGACAUCGACCGCUCGCCCGACUAUAAGCUGGUGUUGAUCAAGCUGUUGCACCCGAUUUUAAAACAUAAAGUGCCGUUUGUGUUUACUUUUGGCGACGCUGAUACCCUCAGAGACGACCCCACCACCGCUCGUACUUUUAAAAAGCUGGUGGUGAACUUUUUGCUGACGCUUCCCAACUGCUAUAAUCGAUUGCCCAACGACGAAGCGCUACAUGGUGUGUCCAACUACCACCUCAAGAUCAAGAACGGCGACUCGAGCCAGGCGCUCAUUUCCAUUCUCGACUCCGAAGACCACCGGUUGGACCAUCUGCAAAUGUACUUUUUGCUGCAGGCAGCGUUAGAGGCCCACGACACGCCGUUGAAGCUAUUGUUUUUCAACUACCCGUUACCGCAAUACCGUCCCAAAGGACCGUUUUUGGUCUUGGGCGAGUAUAAGGAAAAAGGGUCGCUCUCAAAUGGUACCAACCCCAAAUUCUACGACGACAUCGUCGGCUGGGGCUACAAGGCGGUGCUGGUAGGACACGAGCACGAGAACGACGUGUGCAUCAACUCCGACAAGACGAUGUGGUUGUGUUUCAGCUCGGUGGUGGGCGACUCCGCCGUAACCAAGACCGACGAUUUUGCUCGCCGUCUCCGCGUGUUUGAUAUCAACUUUGAGAAGAAUCAGAUCCUCACGUGGAAACGGCGGGAGGGCGACAACGGUCGCCAGGACCCCCAGAUGAUCUAUGAGCUUUAG